AUCAAUCAUCAGAACCUCCAUUGGCGUGGAAGGUGAGGAACGCGCUUCCGUGCGUGCAGGAGGGUCCCCCUAUUUGUUGGGGGACGGGAAGGUUGGCAGUUCUCUGUACCGCGCGCUCGCGCCCGAAAUUUCACAACACCAAACCCGCAGGGGGGAGAAGCGCAAAGCCACGAGGAGUGCGAGGCGAGGGCCGACACCGGGGACAAGCACGGCGCGGCGGCGGAGGCAGCAAUGGCGGCGCUGCAGAGUUGGCGCAAGGCGUACGGCGCGCUUAAGGACACCACCACCGUCAGCCUCGCCAAUCUCAACUCCGACUUCAAGGAUCUGGAUGUCGCGAUCGUGAGGGCCACCAACCACGUGGAGAGCCCGCCCAAGGAGCGCCACCUGCGCAAGAUUGUGGCGGCGACGUCCAUCGCGAGGCCACAGGCGGACGUCACUUACUGCAUCCAUGCGCUUGCCCGACGACUCGCCAAAACCAGGAACUGGAUCGUUGCCCUAAAGACACUUGUAGUGAUCCAUAGGCUUCUUCGUGAAGGUGACCCUGCAUUCCGCGAAGAGUUUCUAACAUUUACACAGAGAGUGCGGAUUUUGCAGCUGUCAAACUUCAAGGAUGAUUCCAGCCCAGUUGCUUGGGAUUAUGCUUCAUGGGUUCGCACAUACGGUUUAUUUUUGGAAGAAAAACUAGAAUGCUUCAGGGUUUUGAAGUAUGACAUUGAAGCUGCACGUUUAUCAAAGCAAGGUCAAGGACCUGAAAAGGGCCACAGUAGAACUACGGAAUUGAAUUCUCAGGACUUGCUGGAGCAAUUGCCAGCACUGCAGCAAUUGUUAUAUCGACUUAUUGGCUGUCGAGCAGAAGGAGCUGCAAAAAACAAUUAUCUGGUGCAAUAUGCUCUAGCCCAGGUUCUUAAAGAAAGCUUCAAAAUUUAUUGUGCAAUAAAUGAUGGAAUUAUCAACCUUAUUGACAAGUUCUUUGAGAUGCCAAAGCAUGAAGCACUAAAAGCCCUUGACGUUUACAAGAGGGCUGUCCACCAGGCUGGGAACCUAUCUGACUUCUAUGAAAGUUGUCAGGGUUUAGAGCUUGCAAGAAAUUUCCAGUUUCCCACUUUGAGGGAGCCACCACAAACAUUCCUUUCAACCAUGGAGGAGUAUGUGAAGGAGGCUCCGCGUAUGAUGCCAGUUGUAGAGCCACUGGUUAUUUCCUGGGCUCUAGAGCUUCCUGAGCGGCUUCUUCUGACAUACAAACCAGAAGAAGAAGUUCAUGAUACCGUUCCAAUUGUAGCGGAGAAACUGCAAGUUGUUGAAGAAAUUGCUCCAGUUCCUUCUUCCCAAAUAGCUUUGCCUCCCAAGCCUGAGAUUGCAGAUACUGGUGAUUUACUGGGGUUAGGUGAUUCAACCCCUACUGUGUUGGCGAUAGAGGAGAGCAGUGCUUUGGCCUUGGCCAUUCUUCCGACAGGUAUUGAUAACUCAACAACAACUACACAGCAAGAUAGUGGAUUUGAUCCAACAGGAUGGGAACUUGCUCUUGUUACUACAAGCAGCAAUGCGACUCCACUGUCUAUGGAGAGUAAUUUGGGUGGUGGAUUUGACAAGCUCACAUUGGACAGCCUAUACGAUGAUGGAACCUACAGGCAGAUGCAGCAACAACAGCUAUACGGAUCAGCCCCUCCCAAUCCAUUCAUGGCAAGCGAUCCCUUCGCCGUAUCAAAUCAAGUAGCUCCCCCACCAUCAGUUCAAAUGGCGGCCAUGGCUCCACAGCCCCAGCAUUUGCCCAUGAUGAUUGAACCAAAUCCCUUCGGACCACCACAGCAGCAUCACGCGGGCGUCGCUCCUGCAGCAAACCCCUUCCUCGACGCCGGGUUCGGUGCGUUCCCGGCAGUAAAUGGAAUGCAUCCACAGACCAACCCCUUCGGAGGCGCCGCACAACUUCUCUAGUCAUAUAUACUUUGCAAAGUUUGCAUUACAAUUACAUAGAAGAUGUGCAAUCUGUAGAUACCCACGCAACGAUGCAAGACAAGCAAUUGACGUCUGUGGAAUCGCUUUUCUCCGUCAGACCGUUACCAAUCAGGGAAUCGCCAUGUUGCACCAGCCUCUUCUCGCCCUUCCUUAGGCUUUGGCCGCUUGGCCUUUCUUGUGUAGCUUUCUGUUUUGCUGUGUCUGGUUUUCCAUCUUCCGUGGCGAGCCAUUGCACCCAUUGUAAAGAAAUUUGUUUCAUCAGGCUUUGGGCUGAUAAAAUCAUGAGUACGUGCCAAUAAGGCAAUAACCCAUCAGCGUUUGCAUUUGUGUAA